AAGUCAUUCUCGUCGGUGAUGUCCAUCCCUGCGGCUUUGAACAUCUCCAUCGACAGAGCCACUCUCAAGGACUACAAGAGAGUGGCCCACACUCUCGCGUUGGCGUUUGAGGACGACCCAUUCAUGAACUACAUCUUGAACACUGCUCACAUCAAGAAGGACAAGGUCAGCAAGUCCACCUACAAGAAGAAAAAGUUGGACUUGUUGUUGGCCUACUUCGAGUACAGUGUUUACGAGUGUUUGUCCAUCAACGGGUGUGUGUUUGUCAUCAAGGACAACACCACCGAGUUGCUCUUGGACGAGAUGGGAAUGGCCAAAAAACACAACUUCCCCUACCUCGGUGUCUCGUUGUGGAACCAUAUCUAUGGUCCUAGUGUGGAUACUGGUUAUUCAUCGGGAUCAUCCUCUGCUGGUUCCGGGUCGGAAUCCGAUGAAGAUAUGAGUGAUGAUGAAUACUUUGUCAGUGAAAAAAUUGGUUUCAGAAGCAGUAUUCAUCCAUCAUACUUCAAGUUUAACUUUUUGACCCUCUUGGGUAAUUGCAGAUCAAAAAUCCUCAAGGACAAGUUACCAUUUUUAACCAAGGUCCGUAACAAGGUUUUGAUCGAUCAAUUAAUCAAAAAGGAAAACAGCAAGGAUCUUGACAUCUGGUACUUGAGUGAUAUUGCCACUUUGCCUUCAAUGAGAGGUAAGGGUUUGGGUAAAAUCCUCAUCCAGUAUGUCAUUAACGAACAUAUUAACAAGCUUUGUUCAAAAGCGUUUGUUUACUUGGAAAGUUCUAAUCCAGUCAACCGGAAGUUUUACUCCAAAUUGGGUUUCGAAUUGAUGACUACCUUUUCAAUCAAGUACAACAAAUAUGUGGAUUCACACAAAGUGAUUGAAGCUGAUCCUGAUAACAAAGCCAUUAAUAUGGAUUCUAUGGUUUUCUUCCCA